AUGGAUAUUAAGCAUAUGGUAGGAAUCUCUUAUGGGAAUUUUGAAGCUGAAUUUAUGGCUCUACUUAUUGCUGUAGAGGCUGUGAAUGCCCAAUCCAAGUCCGAUCAAUUAUUGGCUUCGGCAAAAAAAGGGAAAGAGAACUCAGAAGACAGGGUCAGACUAUGGUGGACUUCCUAUAGUUUUCAAGGCUCUCCAAGCUUCAUUAUGGCAAAAAAGUUGAAAACGCUAAAACAGGACCUGAAGCAGUGGAAUGAUCAAGUUUUUGGCAAUGUGUUUCAGCAGAAGCGCUCCCCUAUUGAGGACAGGGUCUGGAAGGUAGUUGCUGAUCUUGAAAGGGUUAUUUUGAUGGAGGAGAUUUCUUGGAGACAGAAAUCAAGGAUUCUCUGGCUUAAGGAAGGGGACAAAUGUAUGAAAUUCUUCUAUAGGAUGGCUAACUCUCAUAGGAGAAACAAUGAUAUUGAUACAUUGAUGGUAGAUGGGGUAGCUUCUUCGGAUCAGAGGGUUUUCGAAAACCACAUUGAACAUUACUAUCAACAACUCCUAUUUGAGGAGCAUAAUUUGAGACCGAGAGUGGAUGAUUUGAAGAGUCUCAAUGCCACCUUUUUAGCCCUCAUUCCUAAAAAGGUGGGGUCCACGGAUGUGAGAGACUUUCGCCCCUUUAGUCUUGUGAAUGGUAGACAAAUUCUUGACUCGGUACUUAUCGCAAAUGACGUAUUGGAUGGUCGAUUGAAGUCUAGAGAACCUGGGUUGCUUUGCAAGUUAGACAUGGAGAAAGCAUACGAUCAUGUAAACUGGAAGUUCCUCCUUCACUUACUUGAAAGAUGUGGUUUUGGGGGAAAAUGA